AUGUUUGCCGCCGAUUCGUCCAACGACGAAAAGUCGCCCCGGCCCAGCAAGGAGAAGCGCGUUGCCGGCGAUGGCCCUCAGGAGGAUCUCGAGACGGGCGACUCUGGCCUUGACCGUAGCAUGAGCUCCCGCCAUCUCCAGUUCAUCGCCAUUGGUGCAACCAUUGGAACUGGUCUGUUCCUGGGUAUUGGCUCGGCCCUCGCCAAGGCCGGCCCCGUCUCUCUGCUUAUUGCCUUCAUCUUCAUGGGUACUGUCGUCUACUCCGUCAUGACCAGUCUGGGAGAGAUGGCCGCUUAUAUUCCCGUUGCCGGCUCCUUCACCGCGUACGCCACGCGCUUCGUCGACCCAACUCUCGGUUUCGCCAUGGGUUGGAUCUACUGGUUUAGUUGGUCCAUCACCUUCGCCCUCGAGCUUACCGCUGCCGGUCUCAUCAUCCAAUACUGGAAUAGCUCUCUCAGCAUCGCCAUUUGGAUCGCCGUGUUCUGGGUUCUCUUCACCGCUCUCAACUUCCUUCCCAUCCGCUGGUUCGGUGAGGUGGAGAUGUGGUUCUCCAGCAUCAAGGUCAUCACCAUCAUCGGCUUCAUCAUCUUCUCCAUCUGCAUCAACGCCGGUGUAGGUGACGAGGGCUACAUUGGCUUCAGCAACUGGAAGAACCCGGGCCCUUUUGCCGAGUACAUGGUUGAGGGUGACAAGGGCAAGUUUGUGGGUUUCUGGGCCGUCCUCGUCACCGCUGGCUUCAGCUACCAGGGCGCCGAGCUCGUCGGUGUUGGUGCCGGUGAGACUGCCAACCCUAGCAAGGCCAUUCCCUCCGCCAUCCGCUGGACUUUCUGGGGCAUCUUUGUCCUCUUCGUCUCCACCGUCUUCUUCGUCGGUCUCAAUGUUCCGUUCGACCUCGAGGCCCUCAACACCGACAAGACCGAUGCCUCAGCUUCUCCCCUCGUCAUUAUGGUGGUGCGCGCCGGCGUGCCUGUUCUUCCCCACAUCCUUAACGCUGUGCUGCUCACGGCUGUGCUCACGGCCGCCAACUCGAACGUCUACUCCAGCAGCCGCAUCAUGGUCGGUCUGGCCGAGGAAGGCCUUGCCCCCCAGUUCCUCAAGCGCACCAACCGCGUUGGAACUCCCUACUACGCCGUCGGUCUCUGCUCUCUGCUCGGCCUCCUUGGUUUCCUCAACCUCUCCUCCAGCGGCACCCUCGUCUUCGACUGGCUGCUCAACAUCUGCGCCACCGCCAGCUUCAUCGUUUGGGCUCUCAUCAGUAUCUGCCAUCUCCGCUUCCAAAAGAUCCUCAAGGUCCAGGGUAUCAACCGCGAAGAGCUCCCAUUCAUUGCUCCAUUCCAGCCUUUCCUGUCUUACUACGGCUUCUUCUUCAACACUCUGAUCACCAUUACCAACGGCUUCACUGUAUUCAUUGACUGGAACACGAGUGACUUCUUCUCGUGUUACGUCAGUCUCAUGCUCUUUAUCGCUCUCUACGUCGGGCAUAAGAUUAUCUGCCGCACCAAGAUUGUCCCGCUAGCCGAGGCCGAUAUUACUAGGGGGCGGCAAUCGUGA